AUGUCUGACGUUGAACACAAUUCAAAGGAUGUCGAAGAACAUCACCUUUCAGAAGCUCAGUCUGCUGAUCUCGCCCGCAUCGAGGCCCCAGUGACGUUCAAGGCGUACAUGAUGUGUGCCUUUGCUGCCUUUGGUGGUAUCUUUUUCGGUUACGAUUCCGGUUACAUUUCCGGUGUCAUGGGCCAUACCGAAUUGCCUGCCUGGAAAAAGUCUUUGAUCACCUCCAUCUUGUCUGCUGGUACCUUCUUCGGCUCUAUUAUUGCCGGUGACUUGGCCGACUGGUUCGGUCGUCGUAUCACCAUCAUCGGUGGUUGUGGUAUCUUUAUCGUCGGUGUUAUUUUGCAAACUGCCUCUACCUCUCUUGGAUUGUUGGUUGCCGGUCGUUUGAUUGCCGGGUUCGGUGUUGGUUUCGUUUCGGCAAUUAUUAUUCUCUACAUGUCUGAAAUCUCCCCAAGAAAGGUUCGUGGUGCUUUGGUUUCUGGGUACCAGUUCUGUAUCACCAUUGGGCUACUUUUAGCCUCUUGUGUGGGCUACGGUACUCAGGACCGCGAAAACACCAGUUCUUACCGUAUCCCAAUCGCUCUCCAGAUGCUCUGGGCGUUGAUCUUGGCCACCGGUUUGUUUUUCCUCCCAGAGUCCCCACGUUUCUAUGUCAAGAAGGGUGACCACGAGAAGGCAGCGGCCGUUCUUUCCAGAUUGCGUGGGCAGCCAGUUGACUCUGACUACAUCAGAGACGAACUUGCGGAGAUUAUUGCUAACAAUGAUUACGAGAUGAAGAUUUCUCCACAGGGUGGCUACUUCCUGUCGUGGAUGGCGUGUUUCAAGGGUGGGUUACGUAACCCAGCGUCGAACUUGAGAAGAACCAUCUUGGGUACUUCGUUGCAGAUGAUGCAACAGUGGACCGGUGUCAACUUCAUCUUCUACUUCGGUACAACCUUCUUCCAGACUUUGGAGACUAUCAAGAACCCAUUCUUGAUUGGUUUGAUUACCACGUUGGUCAAUGUCUGCUCCACGCCAAUCUCAUUCUGGAGUAUUGAGAAGUUUGGCCGUCGCCCAUUGUUGAUCUGGGGUGCUGUCGGUAUGCUUGUCUGUGAGUUCAUUGCUGCCAUCGUCGGUACCAUUGAUCCUAAAGGUGACACCGCUGUUAAGGCUGUCAUUUCGUUCAUCUGUAUCUACAUUUUCUUCUUUGCGUCCACCUGGGGUCCAGGUGCCUGGGUCGUGAUCGGUGAGAUUUUCCCAUUGCCAAUCAGAUCGCGUGGUGUUGCGUUGUCCACCGCGUCCAACUGGUUGUGGAACUGUAUCAUUUCUGUCAUCACUCCAUACAUGGUGGGCGAGGACGAGGGUAAUUUAGGGGCCAAGGUGUUCUUUGUGUGGGGUUCUUUGUGCUGCUGCUGUCUUGUGUACGCCUACUUCUUGAUUCCAGAAACCAAGGGGUUGACUUUGGAGCAGGUUGACAGAAUGAUGGAGGAGACCAACCCACGUAACUCUGCCAAGUGGGUUCCACACAGCACGUACGCUGGUCACCCAACCGACUUUGUUCAAGACACCAAGUUGGCUACCACCCACGGUACAAGCUCUGACGACCUUUAG